AUGGCCCUGCUAAUCCUCCUACUUCUCCAACUGCUGGGGCUCGCUCAAGGGCGUUCAGGGAGGCAAGUCAUCAGGCCCCUGGAAGGCAUACCGGGGAUAAAUGCUACGUUCGAUUAUAUUGUGGUGGGUGGCGGCACUGCAGGCAUGACGGUGGCUGCGCGUCUGGCUGAGCAGAGGUUCCGCGUCGCUCUGGUGGAAGCUGGAGAGUUCUACGAAGCUCAAUACCCUAUCUCGAAGAUACCCGGAGCUGCAAUUCUGGGCACAGGGUCCGAUCCAUAUUAUAAAACACCCAUCGACUGGGGGUUCGUGGUUCAAGGCAGCCCGGGUGCGAACUCCCGCGACAUUCAUUAUGCGAGGGCGAAGUGCCUGGGAGGAUCAUCAGCAAUCAACUUGAUGAUUUACCAACGACCGAGUACAGGAUCCAUGCAACUGUGGGCCGACCUUGUCAAUGACCAGAGCUACACGUUCGAGAACACCUUGCGCUUCUUUCAACGGACGGUGAAGUUUACGCCCCCUGACAAUCGCAAUCGCCCUGAAAACGCUUCUCUGCAGUAUAAUCCAGACUCGUUUGAUAAGAAUGGCCAGCCCCUUCACGUAUCAUACCCUAUACACCCCGGUUCUUUUCCUAGCUGGAUGAAGCUCGGGUUGGAAGCAAUGGGAGUCAACGAAACCCGAGAUUUUAACAGCGGUUGGCUUUUAGGGUCUCAAUAUGCGCCUUUUACUAUCCGACCGUCCGAUCAAUCAAGGAGCAGCUCGGAGUCUUCAUUCUUCGAAUCCUCCCUAUUGCAAUCGUGGAAGCUCAGAACUUUGACGAUCUACAAGAUAACCAUCGCAAGGAAAAUUCUGUUUGAUUCUCAUAAACGGGCCAUUGGGGUCGAGGUGAAAACAUUCGGGCUGCGAUAUGUUCUGAAUGCCACACGGGAGGUCGUGGUCUCGGCCGGUGCUUUCCAGUCUCCCCAACUCCUGAUGGUCUCGGGGGUAGGGCCGGCCGACACCCUUAAAGAGCACGGGAUCGAUAUAGUCGCUGAUCUCCCAGGUGUUGGCCAGGAGAUGUGGGAUCAUGUCUUCUUCGGGCCGACAUACCAGGUGGCAUUGGAAUCGUAUAGUAGGGUCACAACCGACAUGUGGUAUCUCCUUGAACAAAUCGUUAAAUACUUGACUUCCCACCGGGGUGUACUUACUAACCCAGGUAUUGAGUACCUGGCCUUUGAGAAGCUUCCAAAUGAGCUGCGGUCAUCACUCUCGCCCCAAGCCCAAAAAGACCUUUCCUGGGUUCCUAGUGACUGGCCGGAGAUAGAGUACAUUUCGGUGCCAGUACAUGUUGGUAACUACUCCAUUCCGAUAUUACAACCUGGGGGUGGCAGACAAUUCGCUACCAUAGCCGGGGCACUUGUUGCGCCGACGUCGCGCGGGAAUGUCACCAUCAUAUCAGCCGAUACGGAUGACCUGCCGAUUGUUAACCCCAACUGGCUUUCGACGGAAGCCGACCAGCAGAUGGCAAUUGCAGUAUACAAGAGAAUUCGCGACAUUUUCCAUAGCACGGCCAUGGCUCCAUUGGUGGUUGGGGAGGAGUACUUCCCGGGGAUGCAGUAUCAGUCCGACGGCGACAUUCUCAACGUCGUCCGCGACACCAUGAUGACCGUAUUCCACGCCACCGGUACCUGUAAGAUGGGAGUUCCCAGUGACCAUAUGGCGGUCCUAGAUAGUCGGGCGAGAGUGUUUGGAGUUCAGGGGCUGAGAGUGGUCGAUGCUAGCUCUAUGCCGGUUCUGGGCCCCGGGCAUCCUCAAUCCGUCGUUUAUAUGCUCGCAGAAAAGAUUGCGGCCGAUAUUAUCCACCACACUGCGCUAGAUGUCUGGGAUACGCCGACUUGUCUUUGCCAUGUAGAUGCAGAUGCAGAUGCAGGAAGCAUGAAGAUCUUAGCCCGAUCCGUUAGACUUGAGUUCGCAUAA